AUGUCUCAGGAAUGGGUUAACUUCAGUCGAGCUAUCGAUCUGGCCGACGAAUACAUAUCCCGGAAAGUACCGGACCGGAAGAUUAACACCCUUACAGCAUCCAGGGUGGGAGACGUAUUCAGGGAUCUCAGAUUUCUGUGUACAUUCAUCGGUUACUUUGACCCCUGGCACCGUCACGCCGCGUCGUCGUCGUCCUCCGCCGACAUUGUUCGGAUGGGUUUGGCGUUGGCUACAAGAGCUAAAGCUGCUGCAAAAGAAAUGGAAACUCAUCUUAACCGUGCCGGGAUUGACAUAUUUGAUGUUGAACGCUCGUUGACUUCCAAUCCUACAUUGGUCAACUUGAUGACCAGAGGGAUUAGCGACCUGUUUCGGUCUCUGGACUCCAAAUUGCUUCGAUUUGUCGACCCUUUGAGAGAAGAAAUCAGUACGUUGAAGCGAGAGAUCAAUGAUAUGUACCGAAGGCUUCCUAGGCUGAAGAGGAAUUUGAAGGAAUUGGAUGGUUUGUUGACGCCUUCUUGGGUCAGCCGUGUCGAUUCGCCGUGCAAAGUCCUGAUACGGAUUCUGAAUUCCCUGGAUUGGGUCCUCAAAUUGAGAAGUACUAGUGUGGGUGAUUAUGACAAUCAAUCCUGGUUUCCUUCGGAGGACAACCUGAUGGCUGAUCAAUUUGUAGGUAUGCUUCUCCAUAUCGCUCAUUUUUAUUGCCUUUGUUGGUUUAACUUGGUAGAUCCAAUAGACCGAAAUUCUGAGGUAUUUCAUAUGUGUCAUCUCAUAAAGGAUCUGUACCAUGAAAUGGAUCCUCCCACUCCUGAGUCCCUGGAUAUUGUUCUAGGAUCCUUGGGAAAUUAUUAUGUUAACAAAACAUUCAUAACAUCUUUUGUUGACUACAUAAUUGGUAUCAAACAUGAAUUUGAACUGGUUCGAAACCAACUGUUGUCCUUAUUUACCUGUCUCAUCAAAAUUCCACACAAUGACAUCACCAUGGAGGAUGUGCGUUUGAUGUUAAUUGCUGGUGUUAAAGAUGUGGUUAUAGAAGCCGGCCCUCUUAAAUCCAAAAGGACAAGGGGGUACAAUCUCCUCACGCUUUCAAAGGACAACCAUCUCAAUUCCCUGAGCAAAGGGUGUGGUUUUCUUCACCAAGUGUCUCGUUACAUCGAUCGUGAACGAGAAACAGAAUCUCCGAUCGUGUUGAUCAUGGAAGGAAUCCCUUCUCAGGUCAAAUCUCUGUAUCAGUCUUCUUCUGAUGAGGAGGUGCAUCUCAAGGUCAGCAUUUUCCUAUUUAAGUCUCUUGUACAUAUGCUGCUAAUACGGGCGAAUGCACAUUUGCCAGAGUUAUUAGAGAAAGAUGCAAGUCUGCUCAUGCCUCCCCUGAAGCACAAUUUGGCAUCUCUUCAGAGUAGGCUCCUUUUCCUGAUGGAAGUAGUAACUGAUAAGACGAAGAAGAAUACCAUGAAAGAGAAGUUGAUCUUAAAAGAUAUUGAAGGAGUUGCUAGUGGAGCAAUAUGUCUCUAUAACCAAUUUGCUUUUAAUGACAAUCUUGCAGAAGUAGUUAUCAAAGAUGUGGACCUUCAGCUUCUUGGUUUGUUACAAAAGGUUGAGCAUUUGAAGACAAAUCUUGGAGGGUCCCAAAUCCCAAAGUAUCAUGUCCCCAAGACUCCUGGUUUGUGCUUCAUUGAAUUUCUUGUGCAAAAUAUGAGAGAUCUGCUUGACCAUAAUCGCGGCUCCAUAGCAUAUGCAACUCCUUUCAUCAAAUCCAUUUGUUCAGAUAUGGAUAGCAUAAUAUCUACAUUCCCGGAAGUUUUUGAGGAAGGCAUUCAGAAUCAUGAACGGUGCCAUAUUCUAAUGCGGCUUGUAGAGCUGGCAUAUCAGGCGGAGCUUGCUGUUGGAUUGGCGUUGAAUAAAUAUAAGGAUGCGUGGCAGCAUGCUCUAUGGCUAGAUAAUCUGUUGGAUGAGAUCAGGCAAAUCAAGAAGGAACUCACUGUUUCUUAUAGGAAUGACACUUCCAGUGAUGGAGUUUGCAAAUUUCCCUUGCAAAAGAUGCCUGUUAGGUCAGUGGCUGGCACCAGAACGGUUAUUGAAGAAGUUAUGGUUGGUCUCAAUGAGGAUAAAGAUAACCUAAUUAAUCGGCUUAUCAGAGGCACACAACAGCGAGAGAUUGUUUCAAUUGUUGGAAUGCCAGGCGUGGGUAAGACGACCUUGGCUAACAAUGUCUUUCGCGACCAAAAUGUCACGCAUCACUUCCAUAUCCGUGCUUGGAGCUGCAUUUCUCAAAACUGUAAAAAGAGAGACUUGUUUCUUGAUAUCUUGACACAAAUCUCCACUACAGAUGAGACCUAUGAGAUGAAGGGUGAUGAUGAUAUAGAACAACUCUUAUAUAGACAGUUGAAGGGGAAAAGGUACCUUGUGGUUAUGGAUGACAUGUGGAGUACUGAGGCAUGGGAGGAUUUGCAAAGACCAUUUCAAGAUGGCUCAAAUGGCAGCAGAAUUCUAGUAACAAGUCGUCUCAAAGAUGCGGCUUCAAAAAUUAGUAGUGAUCCUCAUCCUCUUUGUCCGCUCUCUGAGGAGGAAAGUUGGGAAUUGCUAAAGUUGAAAGUUUUUCGCAAAGAAGAAUGUCCGCAAGAACUGCUUGAAGUUGGUAUGAAAAUUGCAAAAAAUUGCAAAGGGCUGCCGCUUGCGAUUGGUGAAGUAGCUGGUGUGCUUAAUAGGAGUUGUGGAAGGAACCGAAAGCUUUGGAAUCAAAUUGCUCACAGCUUCUGCCUGAUGAGAGCUAAAGAUGACAAUUUUUUGCUGACUAUAUCUGCUGAUGAUGAGCCUUAUUCAUAUUAUAAUGGUUUCGAUCAUACUAUUCCACUUGAGUUUGUUGUUACUUCAGAUGGAACAGAAUAUAAGGAGUAUCGACUAAGUUUCUGUGUAUAUCGAAAACAUUUUGUUUUAUCGAAGCCUUUAGGUACGUUUGUUCGAUCUCUACUUUUCUUUGCCCCUUCUGAUAUGCAUCCACAAUGCCCCUACGAUGUCUCCUUCAUUCCUAUCAACUAUAGGCGUCUCAGGGUGUUGGAUUUGGAAACCAUCAAUAUGAGAUAUUUAGCUGUUUGUGGUAAUAUGGAGUCUAUCCCACCAUCUUUGUCCAACCUUGAAAAUUUACAAACUUUAAUUGUGAAGAGCUUCAAGGAUAAAGUGGUGUUACCGGAGACCAUAUGGAGGAUGAAAAAGCUGAGGCAUAUACAUGUAACUAAUAAUGCUUUCUUCACUGGGGGUUACCGGGCCGAAGAUCAAAUGCCUAACUUGGUAUCGCUUUCUUCUCCGUGUUUUGCAUUGGGGGAGGUAACCGAUAAGAGGAUGACGAGGUUUCCCAACCUUCGAAGGCUGAGGUGCAUUGUUUUAAAUACAUCAAAAUAUCUCUAUCCAUUUCCAGCAAUUGAGUCACUUUGCAAGUUGGAGUCAUUGAAUAUGAUAUACCAUGGCAAAGUUCUUGAGCCUAAUGAUUUGACCUUUCCUUCCAGUAUAAAGAAGUUGACAUUAUCGCAGUUUCGCCUUCCCUGGAGUCACAUUUCAGUGAUUGGGAGAUUGCCUAAUCUGGAGAUCCUUAAACUGAAAUCUAAAGCAUUUGAAGGGUCAACUUGGACCAUGGAAGAAGGGGAGUUUCUUAAGCUUAAGCACUUGAAAUUAGACACAUUGGACAUUGUCCAUUGGGAUGCCUUCAGUGAUCAUUUGCCCAUGCUUAGAUAUCUCAUCGUGCGGAAAUGCAAGCAGCUCGAGGAGAUCCCUUCUGACUUUGCAUAUAUCUCGACGUUGGAAACAAUUGAAGUUCAUCAAUGUGGAAUGUCUGUCGAGGAAUCUGUAAGAAGAAUUGAGGAACAAGAAAUUGAUGGGCUCAAGAGAUUCGUUGUCAUUUUAAUUUUGAUAGUCGUUUCACAGCAGGAAAUAGUUUCAUUGUACCAGAGAUUCUGCCAGCUCGAUCGCAAUGGGAUUGGGUUCAUCUCGGCUGAUGAGUUCUUGUCUGUACCGGAAUUCGCCGUCAAUCCUCUUUCUCAGAGACUAUUGAGGAUGCUUGAGGGUCUGAAUUUUAAGGAGUUUGUUUCUUUCUUGUCUGCAUUUAGCUCCCAUGCAACAUUGCAACAGAAACUGGAAUUCAUCUUUAAGGUUUAUGAUUCAGAUGGUAAUGGCAAGGUGACUUUUAACGAAAUGUUGGAUAUCUUGCGAGACUUGACCGGACAGUUUAUAUCAGAACAACAAAGAGAGCAAGUUCUGACAAAAGUUCUGGAAGAAGCUGGCUAUAACAAGGAUUCUCUACUAGUACAAUCUGACUUCAUGAAGAUUCUUGGAAACACAGAUAUAAGAAUGGAAGUUGAAGUUCCUGUAGAUUAA